AUGGAAUUCGGAUUUGAACAGCUUCAACAUUUAUCAGUUUCUCCUGAUAAGAAUAAUAAUAAAAAGCCCGGGGGAAUACUUUUACUUCCAGAUGAUAUUUUAUUUAUUAUAUUAGAACAUCUUAAUCAAGUAGAUACUUUCCAUUUAUCAUUGACUCAUAGUCAUUUCACAACAGCUUGUAAAGUUAAAUUAUUCAGAUCAAUUUAUGUUUAUCAAAAAGCUAAGGCACGUUCCGUUAUAAAUAUUCCUAAAAAGUUAUAUACUCCAUUUUAUAUGAAUCAUUCAAUUAUUCUGCUGGAUAAAUUUGGUGAUAUGAUUUCAAGUGCAAAACGUAAACCAGAAUUUUUGAAAGAAAUCAUGUUUGAUAAUGAAAAGUUCAUAUCAGUUGAAGGUUUGGGUGCAAUUACUAGAAUAUUUCCAAAUUGUCAAAUUGUAUUUUGCGAUUUGUGCGUUACAUCGGAUGAAAUUAAGAAAUGGGUAGCAAAGACUCAAAGAACUUCUCCAUCUAAGUAUCAUUGGGUGGUUGAUUCGAAUGAACCCUUUCCUGACAAGUAUAUACCUUGGGUAAAGCAUUUGUACGUCCUGAGCUUAGAAAAUGGAGCCGAAUUUUCCAAGUUCAAACAAUUGGAAACUAUGAAGAUCGUUCAUGCUCCCUGGACUUUAGAGCCAUUUCAACUAGCUGUUAAAGAUUUGAUUUUCAGUAUGGGUCCCGAGUCUGACGAGUUAUUGGAAUGUCUCGACCUUCUGAAAAUUACUCGAAUGCUGGUAUACAGUGAUUACACGGGAUCUGAUUUCGUUCAAUCAUUUUUUCCACACGCGAGGAAGUUUACUUCGCUUAAAGUACUACAACUAAAGUUCAUGAUGACAGCACUGCGGAGAUUCAUCUGUGCUUUACCUCGUGAUUCGUUACGUGAAAUUCAUCUUGGAGGUUUAUUUGAUGAAUAUAAGACUCCAGAAUUUAAAGCAGCGAUUUCUCAUCACAAAAACUCUUUGAAAGUAUUGGGUUUAGAAGCACUGGAUGAAAAAGGAUAUAGAAAAGGAUGUCUGUAUUGGAAAACAAAUUUAGAUUCUCAUGGAGAAAAGGAUUUCACCAGGGGUUUAAAGGAUGUUUUAUCUAUAAAGAUUGCCGAUUAUCCUUUGUUGGAAUUGGUUGUCGGAGCUAGACAGGUUUUAGUUGUUGAUAGAAGUCGAAAACAACCUCGCGUAAUACCACUUGAAUUCCACAAGGUUAUUAAAACGCGUUUUAUGUCUCCAAAAGUAGUUAAACUUUCUUUUUGA